GGGAGAACCGACCUUACUACGGCUUACUACGUCUUCUUGAAUCGUCUCAACAGUUAGUGCCGCCUGGCAAUUGCAAACCUCGACUCGCAAGAUGUCGGCGCAAAAUUCCGCGGGUAUUCAGACCCUGCUCGAUGCUGAGAGGGAGGCAUCGAAGAUUGUUCAGAAGGCUCGCGAGUACCGAACCAAGAGGGUGAGGGAAGCGCGAGAUGAGGCCAAGAAGGAGAUUGAGGCAUACCGCGCAAAGAAAGAGGCCGAAUACAAGGAAUUCGAAGCACAGCACACACAAGGGAACAAGCAAGCCGAGGAGGAGGCCGACAGGGAAGCUGACGCCAAGAUCAAGGAGAUUCAGGAGGCAGGAAAGAAGCAUCAAGACAAGGUCAUCAACGAUCUGCUUUCGGCCGUUUUUGACGUCCAUCCUACGCCUGUUUCAUGAGGAUGUUAACGGGUGGGGAAUGAUGGAUGUGCGACAAGUUGGACGGUCAUGGCACCUACUGAACCAAUCGCAGGCGGUGAUACGGCCAGAGCGGUAGAAGAGUGCAGGUUCGGAAUGGCUCAGAAAACAACAUCGAUGCGACUUCACAAUCUCGUGCCUGCUCACGGUGUUCGACGUCUAACUUCUUACCUGCAGCAAGCAGCCUGAAAAGAGCCCCGGCGGGCUUCCUGGGAUCGUGGUAUCGUCUAGCUGUUGUACAUCCUUUACCAAUACACUCGGUGCCUCUGUCACUGCAGGAAGCGAACCAGCGUCGUCAACAUCUCCUUGGUGUCCUUAGCCUCCUCCGACUCGGCAUCAAUUCCGUCGAUCUGCUCCUGGAUCGUGUCCCUAAUGACGGUAAAGGUUUCGUCCCUGUCGGCCAACAGUGCCUGAAUCUUCUUCCUGGCCCCGUCAUCUUCGGCGAUAAGCCACGCCAAGAUCACGUCG